AUGAUAGGCGUUCUGUUUCUGCUCGCCGGCACACUGGUCUGCUCAUUCGCACAGGUCCUUGAACUGAAACCUGGGAGUGUUCGAGGCUUUGAGUAUACGACGAAAGGCGGUGAUAUUGCCGAGGUGUUUCUCGGGAUACCUUACGCGGCUGCACCUGUGGGGGAAUUGCGUUUUGAGAAACCUGUUCCCGUCGUACCAUGGAAUGGAGUUCGUAAUGGAACUCAGUUCGGUGCCACCUGUCAUCCACACGAGCAUAAAUCUGCCGUAUUGCCAGAUCCCAAUGAAGACUGCCUUACACUUAAUGUGAUUCGACCAAAGAAGGAGGCACCCACUGGUGGAUACCCGAUUCUGCUAUGGAUCCAUGGUGGUGGCUACGAAAUAGGGUCAGCCAGUCUAUAUGGUUACAAGGGAUUUGCGGACAUCUACAUACCGCAUGACAUAAUCGUGGUCACUAUACAGUAUCGCUUGGGCAUAUACGAUUACAUUGCACGAUCGAUCGAAAUGUCAGGGUCUCCGUGGGUUGCUUGGGCUUUGGGACCGAAUGUUCCCAAAUACUCAUUGGAACUAGCUGAGGUGCUCGAAUGCGCAGAUGACCUUAAGAGCUGCAUGAAGCACAAAACUGUGGAAGAGAUCUAUGAAGCUGCCGAGAAGGUGUACUCAAGAUUUCAUGGCUAUGCAAGUUCUGGACUUGACAGCAUCAAAUGGGGCCCUGUGAUUGACGGCGAUUUCCUACAAGAUCCGGACGAGAUGGCUGUCACCGCACCUCCGAAAGCCUCGAUUGUAGGGGUUUCGAAUAAAGAAGCAGCUUUUAUGAGUAAAAACGCAACCCUCACUAACUUCGGGAUCAAAGAAGAUGAUUUCCCUACAUGGAACAGAGACAAACUGGUAGCGUCUAUCAAGAAACUUAUUCCGAACGAGUUCUUCAAGAGCAAAACGGAUGAGGUGAUUGACAAAGUGAUCGCUUACUAUGUCGACAGGAACGAGGAAGACGCAUAUGAUUUCUAUCUUGACAGAUACACAGAGACAUCUUUGACAUGGAUUCAGUUUCUCAGCGAUGUCUUGUUCAAUGUGGCUGCCGUAGAUGGCAUUUUGGCACGUCGUGGAGGAAGAUGGGAUCUUUUUGCCUAUUCGUUCAAUCACUACAACAAAGCAGUAUGGUCUGAUAACAUACCAAAGAGAUUAAGAGGUUCGAGUCCUAAAGAAGUUUAG